GUCAAAACAUCCACGUGGGGGAUGUCAACAGGUGACAGUCGUUCUGUUUUACGCCUUCCUGUCCUCUCAAGAUAAGACUGUGAUGGGAAAGAAUAAAAGAAAGAGACACGAAGAAAGCAGUGAGCCUGGAGAAGAGGUGGCAUGCACUAAACUGGUUCAGGACAACAACACUAACAAUGCUGAGGUUGGACAUUCAGGCAAGAAAAAGAAAAAAGAUAAAUCAAAACAUAACAAUGCUAUUGAUAUAACCCAAGAAAGCUUGACCAUUAAAUCUGAUGAAGCUGUUGAUGACAGGCCGAAAAAGAAACACAAGAAGAAACAUAGACCAAAUCUUGAUGAAAGUGUUGAUUCAAAGUUUGAAUCAAAUGACACUUCCAGUGUUGACGUCAAGCAAACUCCAAACUAUGAUUCUGAGAUUAGUAAGAAGAAGAAAAAAAAGAAAAAGUCUAAAGAGAGGACAGACAAAUCAGAUGAAACAGACCAGAAUCUAAAUGGAUCGAUUGAACAUAGUACAGGCAAAAAGAGGAAAAAAUCAAAGCAUAAAAAUGUUUCAGAAAUUACUGAGUCGGCACUUGAGAGCAAAGAAGAAUUAUUGGAAAUAAAUGUUGACAAAGAAGCAAAUAGCAAUAACUCCAACAUGCUACAAACUAAACAUAAAAAGAAGAAAAAGCACAAAAAAGAAGAUUCUUCUGUUGAUAAUGACUUUAAAAAGGAUGUUCACACAAAUGCAGAUGGUGAUCUACCUGAAAAUAAACAAACAGCUGUCCAAAAGGAUUCUAUUAGUGUUGGAACAGAUAGUUUGAAAGAAAAUCUCAAGAGUGACAAAGAACAGAGCAAUAACAAAAAAUCCACAGUUGGUCAGUGGGAAAGUGCUGAAUUUGAAGACACUGACCGACAGAACAAAUUUUAUCGCCUUCUUGGAGGUAUGAAGAAAACAAAUUCUUCAAAUCUAUUGCAGAAAAAAUUCCAGCUUGGAGGUUCUGGCAAGCCCUUUAAACCAGGAGGCACUGGAGCCAUGAAUAGAAACGAGCAGGACAAGUAUACAAAAACUCUGGAGUCUGACUUUGAAAAGGCACUGAGUAGUAACAGAAACAAGGGAAUUGGCCUUGGCUUUGAAAAGCCCCCAGAUGAGGGAAAGAAGUUCUUUAUUGAUACAAGAAAGUCAAAUUCAAUUAAAUUUGAUGAUUAAUAUGACUUUUUUUGUCACCUUUGGGUCAUUGCUGCAUGACAAUGACAGGAAAAUAGGGAUCACAUUGUCCUUCGUUGUUUGUGUUUUCAUUUCCAUAUUAAUAUUAACGUUACUGUUUUGUUUCAAACUAAUAACUUAUAGUUAUUACUUUUAACUUCAAUAUUGUAAUUUGUUACAUCACUAGUAUAAUGUAACAUUACGGGGUUCAUACUUGUAAACAAAAAUAAAACAAGCAUUCAAUAAAUUGAGUAGAUCUAUCAUUUGCCAUAUAUUUAAAAUAUGCUAUAGUAAAAAAAGUCACAUUCUUUGUGGAAAGGAUUGCCAGCUUGGGUUGAAGAUUUCACUUUACUUUCAAUUACCUAGCAUCUAGACCUGUCCCAUUUUUGACUCUUAAGAAACCAGGCGACCAGUGUGACAUUAUGUCUGAUUAUGAAAAAAUGAUAAAGAGUAGGUAACUUAACAAAUAUUCUGGUUGUUGCACACUGUACUACCUCUUAUUGCCAUCUGUCUAUAUACAAAGUUUUAUUUCAAUCCAAUCAUUAUACCCCCCAAAACAAAGUUUGGGGGGGGGGGUAUACUGGUAUACUGGAAUCGGGUUGUCCGUCUGUCCGUCUGUCUGUCUGUCCGUCUGUCCGUCCGUUUUUUUUUGUCCGGGAUUCAUCUUUGUCGUUAUUGAACAAAUCUUUUUCAAACUUUCAAAUAUUAAUGACCAUGAUGUAAACCUGUGCCUCCGUGGAUUUGGUCAGAGUCGCAUGAUCCUGAGUGGAGUUGUGGCCCCUUAAUGAGUUAAAUUGGGCAAAAUUAGCUUUGUCCAGGAUUCUUCUUUGAAGCUAUUGAGCAAAUCUUUUUCAAACUUUCAAAUAUUAAUGGCCAUGAUGUAAACCUUUGCCUCCAUGAAUUUGGUGGGAGUCACAUGAUCCUGAGUGGAGUUGUGGCCCCUUAAUGAGUUAA